AGCUAAUAAAAACCAAGCUCUAUUUAUAACUCCACUAAAAUAAAAUACCAGCCGGCGCUACACUAAAUAGGAAACAUCAUUCUAGUCAUACUACGUAUCUAGCACAACAUUCGUAUAUGCACCAUAUGUAAAAGUGACUUGAUAAGAUUUGUUUUGUUCGAGAUGAAGACGGUGCUUCAGAAUGUGUUGUGGCUCGUUUCAUUCGUCGCUUACCAAGAUUUCUGUCUGGCCAGUCAGAAUGUAACUAUAGGAGUACUUCUGAGUGAGGAAAAUCAUCAGUUCGAGGUUGCGUUGAAUUCCACAUUACACAAAAAGAACGCGGACAUCUUGAAGGACCUCUUCAAGAGCAAUGUUAAAAAUAUUUCCAAGGUCGACUCAUUCGAAGCCAGCAAAACUCUGUGUGGAAUGUUGAACGCCGGAAAUGGAGUGGCAGCAGUGAUAAGCUUCGAGUCGUUAACGUCAGCCGUACAAGAAUCGAUAUGCGAUCACUUUGAAGUGCCCUAUAUCAUGACCUCAUGGAGACCAUCGACCACGAGACGCACUAACACGGUUGUAAAUUUUUUCCCAGAGGACCAACUCUACGCGCAAGCGCUCGCAGAAGUGGUAAAAAGUUUGCGGUGGAGCAGCGCCGUUAUUCUCUACGAAAGCGAGGAAGGGCUUUUGAGAAUGCGGGGAAUCCUUGAACUCCGGGAUUUCAAGCAUGACAGCGAGAAAAAUAACAUUCUGGUGAAACAGUUGGGUGCUGGGAAUGACCACAGAUCUUUGUUAAAAGAAAUUAAAAAUGGUUGGGGAGACAAUAUAAUUUUGGAUUGUAAAACAGAAAGUAUUAUACCGUUUCUAAAACAGGCUAAAGAUCAAAAUUUACUAAAUUCGCGUAAUAACUAUCUUUUGACGUCACUGGACGCACAUACUUUGAAUUAUGGAGAACUGGACACUGCAGCAAACAUAACUACCAUAAGGCUCUUCGAUUACAACGGUGAAGACUUUAAGAACAUCAUAACGGGGUCGAAAGACGGCCUUGAAAUGAAACAAAUCAAAACGGAAACAGUGCUUUUUUACGAUGCUCUGCAAUACAUCACCCAGUCUAUUACACACCAUUAUUACACCGAAAGGAAUAUAAAGACUAAUCCCAUCAGUUGUCAUGAAAAAAUAAUGUCCGAAUAUGGAUAUGCCUUUGCCGCUUACAUGAAAGAAAUCGAGCCUCCAUCAACAUUGUCUGGACCCAUAAAAUUCGACGACAAUGGAAAUCGCAUUAAUUUUAACAUGCAAGUGGUGGAUAUUCUUCAAGAUCGAAUAAUUGCCGACUGGUUUGCAAGUAACCAAUCGCUGCUUUUAAGGAGAUCUCCCACGGUGAGACAGUUCCUUGGAAAUCAAGGCAUUGUCAUUGUCUCAUCCAGGCUUGGUGAACCUUAUUUAAUGUAUAGAAAACCCAAAGAGGGUGAAAUAUUGUACGGAAACGACAGAUACGAAGGUUACUCGUUGGAUUUAAUAACAGAAAUAGCGAAAUUAAUCGGUUAUAAAUUUGAAUUUCGUUUAACUGCAGACGGGCAAUAUGGGCAAUGGAACGAAAGGAAUAAAAAAUGGUCGGGGCUUAUUGGAGAUAUUUUGGAGGAGAAAGCAGAUCUUGCCGUUUGCGAUCUAACGAUUACGCAUCAAAGAAGAGAAGUUGUUGACUUCAGUAUGCCGUUUAUGACACUAGGAAUAAGUAUUCUGUACACAAAGGCGGAAAUGAACGACGUCAAGUGGUUCUCCUUCGUAAAUCCGUUUUCGAUCUCCGUUUGGAUUUAUACAGCCGCAUUGUAUUUGAUCGUUUCCGUCGUAUUAUAUUUCAUAUCCAGGAUAACUCCUGGAGAUUGGGAAAACCCCCAUCCGAGCGAUGAUCAUCCGGAACAGCUGGAAAACAUAUGGGACAUCAAAAAUUGUCUGUGGUUAACUUUGGCGUCGGUAAUGACGCAAGGCUGUGAUAUACUGCCAAA